UCAUUCCUGCAGAGCUCCACAGGGUUUACCACCGAAGCAGACAUGCAAAUGACUUGAUAAAAUGUUCCUUGUGUUUUAGGACUCUGAGCCUAACGUGAUUUAUUUUGUAUUUUUGUAAGCGAUUCCAGACAAAAAAAAAAGAAGAUGAGCCUGUGAUCUAAUGGAAAACAACAGUUCUGAAUUUGUAAUAUGGAAACAAAUCAACCAGGAGACCAUGUGGGGGCCUUCCUGGAGGAGUUCAGGGAGCAAAUCAUUGCUGGGGUGAGAUCACCCGGAGCCAUCAUACAAGCCUGGAUCUCACAGCAGCCGACGACCAUCAAUCAAACUUUGACACCACAGGAACAAAUCAGGGAGCUGUUUCAUGUCGUGGAAAAUGGAACAUCACAAUCCAAAGUUUGCUUCUACCAGAUACUUUCACAGGAGGAACCCGAGCUAAUAGCUGAUUUAGCAGAGCUAAGACAACAGAACAGCAGGACGACCCAAACAGAACAGAAGUGGACAAUGGAAAACAGCAAGCAAUUAGACGACAAACACACAAAAGUCUACAUAAAAACCAAAAGGGAUACUAUUAAAAGACAAAGAGAAUUGACAUGUCAGGUAAUGGGGGAGGUUGAACAACUUCUGGAAAAGACACAAAGAGGGAGAAAGGAAAUUGACUACCUAAAGACAAAUACAGAGCAGCAACAGGAGGACAUUGCCAGGCUGACAGCUGAAAAACAUGAGCAAGACUUACUGAUAAAAAGACUGAGAUUACAGAUAGAAAAUGUUAUUGAGAAACUCGAGGAGCAUAAAAAUGAAGCCGCUCAAGAAAAAAAGCAACUUCUAAAAAUGCAGACUGAAAUAUACCAAGAGAGGGAAACUCUGGAAAAAAGUCGCAAGGAGCUCAUGAAUGAGAGACACAAGUUAGAAAUGGUCAAGCAUGAUAAGACAAAAUCACAAGAAAGCAAGGAACCUCAAAAACCCAUGGAGCAGACAAAGAGAGAGCAGGAGAUAACAGAGAGGCUGAUAGCUGACAGUCUGCAGAGUCUAAUUAAAAAAAGUAAGAAAAUGAUGCUUGAAGCAAAGCAGGAAAAAGAACAAAUGGAGAAAAACAUAGCAGACCUCAAGCAAGAGUUAAAGAGAAAUAAAAAGGAUAUUUCCCAACAUAAAGAUAAAAUUGAGCACAUCAAACUUAUUCUGAAUGUAAGUACCAACACAAUGAAGCAAACAAAAACUCAAAGAGCUGUUGAAAUGCAGAAAGCUGCAGUCCCACAGAUGGAAAGCAGAGAAAGACAGGAAGACGACGUAGACACAUUUGACACUGUGAAGAUUAAACUCUGCAGAAUCCAGGAAGAGAUGGAGAAACUUUGGGAUGUGCUGGAAGAUAGUGAACAACAAGUAGAAGUGACUGUGGGAGAGAAGCAGGAGCUAAAGACAGAGAGUGGUCGAAAUGAAGAUGUUACAUCUGACUCCAAAAAGCAAAGACAAGACAAGGAUGGAAGCAUGAAGACAACACAGUGGGAACCAGAGAUAAAGGCUGAUCUGCAGAGGCAAAAACAAGACAUAGAGAACAAGUUGGCACAAAUCCAGUCUGAAAGAGAUGAAAUACAAAAAACCAAGGCUGAAAUAAAAAUAGAGAAAGAAAACAUAGAAAGAGACAGGCAGUUAGCUAAAGCUGAAAUGAAUGCAAUGAAGUGUGUGAGGGAAAAUAUCGAAAGGCAAAAACAGGAGCUGGAUGACAAGUUACAAAAGACAAAGAAAGAGAUAAGAGAGAUGGAAGUGAUGAGCUCUGAGAUUGAAAUAAAGAAAAAGGACCUAGCAAAAAUGAUUAGAGUGAGCAAGAGAAAAAGGGGAGAGAUCAGCAAGAUGGGGGAGGAGCGUGGACAUGCUAAAGAAGACAUGAAGGAAAGACAAGAUAAGACUGAGGGGCAGGGGAUGGAGUUGAAUGUGGAGAACAGAUCUGAAAAUCAGUUUGAGGAAGACAACAUGGAGACAAGCUCAAAGAAUGAAGUGAACACUGGCAUGAAGAGAGUGAUCCUCGACAUAGAAGAGAUCAGAAAGAUGCUGCGCAGGGUGAGAGAAGAUACAGAGCAAAGCAGGAGGGACUGUACACAGGAAAAGAGCGAAAUCCAAUGGAUGAAUUUUCAAGUAAAAAAAAAGAGACGAGAGCUUGACCAACGGCUGGAGAAGACCAUGAAUGAGAGGGAUGAGUUAGAAAUCAUGAAGGUAAAGAUACAACAACACAGGAAGGAGGUUGAACAAAAACUGGAAGAUACAAUAACUACAAUUCUGACUUUUGGGGAAAUAAAAGCUUGCAUAGAAACAGCUGCUGCAGAGAUGAACACCACCAGGGAGGAGAUAGUCAAAGCCCAAAGGUCGAUGGAUCAGAACAAGGAAGAGGUCAAAAACUACAUGGAUAAGAUGACUUCCAUGAAAGCUCAGCUCAGCAAAUGGACACUGACAGACUCUCCAAUCAAAAAGACUUUUCCAAGGAAAACAUCUAAACUUCAGGAACCACAGAAAGAAACAGAUGGAGACGCUAUCAAAGAUCAAACAUUUAAAAUUCCAAUAGACAAAGAAGGAGAAGAAGAGGAGAUUACAAAAGAGACCAUGUCUUUGCAGCAAUCUAUAACACCAGAAGACCAGCAUCAAAGAGAAGAAAUAAAAGAACAGGAGAGUACUGAGUCAGAGUACAAACAAACACAAGAGCUCAAUUUUUUUGCUGUGGACUUGAAGAAAGAGCAGAAUGUUUUCUUACAGACGCAGACAGAAAUUCAUGAAGAAACAUUAAUGGAUGAUGAUCAAACAGAAUUACUGAUAAAUGUAAGAGAAAUGGAAGAAGUGCAAAAGCAGAUUUCCAAACUCAAAGAGAGAGAGGAGCAAAUGAGGGAGCAAAUGAACAUUGCUAUGGGAAACAUGGAGGGAAACAAUCAAGAGAUUAAAAAGCUCAUUAUGGAAAUAAAUGAGCUGCAGAGCCAAAAACCAGAUUAUGAAAAUGGGUUACAAAUUACAGUCAGAGAAAGCACAGAUGUUUUCAAACAUGAAAUAGUUAAAUAUGAAAUGAGAGUGCGAAAACAGGAGAGUGGCAAUCGGGUGAAACAAGAAGUUAUUGAUGAUGUUCAGAAGCAAAAACAACCUCAGGAGUCAAGAGAAAAUAUACUGAUAUAUACUGAAGAGCCAGAUGGACGUUCUGAUAAAAAGGACACAGGAAGUGCUGAUGUACAACAACUUAGGGCAGAGAUUCAUAGAACACGAGAAAUCAUGAAACUAGUAAAACUAGAACUUGAAAAUCAAGCUGAAGAAAGUUAUAUAGACAAAGAGCAUAAGGAUGAAGGCAGUGAACACGAAGGAUUGAUCCAGGACAUGAAACAAUUCCAAGAGCUUUUGAAACUGGUACAAAUUACAAUGAGGCAAAAGCAAAUGCAUCUGAAUGAAGAAAUGAGCAACAUGAAAUCAAUGAAAACUGCAGCAAAAAAACAGAACAGACAGCUGGAUCAGAGGUUAGAAAAAACCUUGAGAGAGAGAGAUGAAUUUGAUAUUUUAAAAAUAAAAAUACAGAGACAAACUGAAGUGACUGAGCAGAAGUUGGAGAAAAUGGGCAAAGUUAAAAGCACCAUGGAGAAAAUUGCUGAGAAGACAAGACAGAAAAGUGAAGACGUAGGGAUUAUUAUAAAAAGGACCGAAGUCAAACUGAGACAGUUGGAAGACCUGAGCGAUAAGAUUGAGGCCACAAAACAAGAACUGGAGAACAGCCGUCCUUUAAUAUCCCAUAAAAGAGCUGACAUUGAAAAAAUCAAGACUGAACUCAGGAAGAAAAAGGACAGAGAAUCUGCCUUGGAAAGUCUUGAGAAUGUAAAAGGAGACAUAAAGAAACAUGACAGAGCUGAAACAGAUACGGAAAGGGACAAAAUCCAGAGAAGAAUGGGUAAAGAAUUGGAAGAAAUGGAAAAUGAAAUCUCCAGACUCAGAUCAGAAAAGGAGAAACUGGAAAGGGAUAGAAAACUGACAAUGGAUAACUUGGAUCAGAGAAAGAGUGAAAUUAAACAGCUGAAAAAGGCUGUAAGUGACCAAGUGAAACAAAAGACAGAGAGACAAGAUAUUGAGAUGCUGAAACAACAGAUUCAAGUGGAGAGGGAGAAUGUGAGAAUGGAAAAACAACAAGCUGAGGCAGAAAUGCAUCAGAUGAAACACUUAAGGGAGAGUAUGGAAAGACAAAAACAGGAGCUUGAUGACAAAGUGCAAGCAACCAAAAGAGAAAUAAGAGAAAUGGAGCUGCUCAAGUCAGAGCUAGAAAUAAAGAAAAAAGAAAGUGAAAAAAUAUUUAGAAAAAACAUGCGAAAAAUUGAGAGUGAAAGAAAGUGGAAUAACAUUCAAAGAGAAAAAGAGGAAUUAAGGAAAGAGACCAAAAAGAGCAUAAGAGAAGUAGACCAAAGGCCUGAAGAAAUUGUGACAGAGAGGGGUGAGUCAGAAAUGUUGGAGAUAAAACUGCAACAGCAGGAGGAGGAGCUGGCUGAAGAGAAGCAGAGAAAUAAAGACCAGACUACUUUUAUCCAAGUACACAGAAAAAAUGAAAAACAACGUCUGGAAACACAAGCAGUAAGAACCAUCAGCAAGGAAGCUGAAAAGAUGCAUCUAAGCUCAAAAGCCACAGAUUUCAGUUUUGACCUUCAGAACUUGAGACAAAAGAUUCAUGUAAAUUUGGAAAUAAUUAAGAGGGAAAUGGGAAUCCUUGAAAAUGUAAAUGUUUGUUUAGGGAAACAAAGAGAAGGACUCAAAGCAUUAAAAGCUGAGAGUAGGACUGUGAGAGACAACAUGAGUCAAAUAAAACAUCAGAUAAAGAUGACCUUUGACAAAAUGACAAUACAAGCAAAAGCAGAGAUGGAUGAAAUGGUCCACAUGUGGGAUGAUAUCCAGACAAAAGAACAGGGGAUUGAAAUCAGAUUAGAAGAAGUUAAAAAAGAAAGAAGAGAAAUGGAAGUGUUGAAGUCCGAGUUGGAGAUCAAAAUAAGAGAAAAUCAUAAGAUGAUCCGAAAAGGCAUUAAAAAACAGCAGGAUGCUAAAAACAUAUGGACUGAGAUCAAAGGAGAAAAAGAUGCCAUCAAGAGGGAGACACAGAAGAGGAAGAAAGAGCUUGACAAGCGACUGGAGAGGAUCAUCAGAGAGAGGGAUGAACUGGAGAUCAUGAAACUGAAGAUGGACGAUGUGAAAGAGCAGUGGCAGCUGAACAUUGUUGAAGAACAUGAAGUUCUUGAAAAACUGAAGGCAGAGCUGAAGAAAGACAGAGAGGAUCUGGACAGAGAGCGUGAGAAGAUGGACAAAGAGAAGCGUAACUUGGAGCUGAUGAGGUCUGACAUNAACUUGGAGCUGAUGAGGUCUGACAUCCUGAAACAAAGUGACACAUUAAAACAAGCAAUACAAGAUAUAAAAGAGCAAAGAGACAAAUUGGAAAUCACACAGUCUGAGCUACAAAAGAAGAAAGAACAUGCAGACAGUCAGUUUGAUGAGAUAAAUAGAGAGAAAGGCAACAUCAAAGAUCUGACCCUUCAGCUUCAGACAGAAAGACACAAACUUGAGAAUGUCAUGAACAUGAUUAUCUUAAAACAAGAAGAACAAGAACUCAAGGACGAUGAGUUUAAGAGACAAACACAAGAACUGGAAACUGUUAAGAACAGUUUACUGAAAGAAAGAAAAGAACUGGAAACUUUGAGGAAGAAUCUCAACAAGAAGAAAAAAGAGGUUGAAGCUGCCCUUACCACCAUCGGUGAAGAGAGAGAACAAGUCACGAAAAUGAAGACUGCAUUUUACGGGGAGCGGGCAAUGCUUUCAAAUGAUGAGGAAAGAAUUAAAGAAUUGUCUGAGCUGAACGUGAAAGCUGAUCAGUUAAAUAGUACAAUGAAAUCCAUGGAAACUCUUAGAGCAAAACUCGAGCGUUUCACUGAAACAACACAAGAAGGUCUAAAAACCAAAACGGAGAAAUUAGCACAACAUACUGAAGAUGUGCAAAAGCUGUGCAUGAUGUUGGAGCAAAAACAAACAGAAUUUCAUGCAGCUCAGAACAAACUACCUGGUCACAUUCAAGAGUUCAAAAGAGAAAAGCAAGGUCUUAUUACUAUGAUAUCAGACAUGCUCCACAGCAUAAAUGAAGCAGAAGAUCAGGUGGAGACAAAGCCUGUUUUGGAAACGCGAGUCAGUGUAGAACUAAAGGCUGAGAUGACGAAAGGGAGAGAGGAUCAGAAAAGUACUUCUGACAUAAUGACCAAGGAGAAACUGGACUUAGAGCUGAUGAAGUUUAACAUGAAGAGACAAAUGAACCUCUUUGAACAAGUCAUACAAGAAAUUAAAGAGAGAAAAGAUGAGCUUCAGAUCACAAUGACCCAGCUAAAAGAUGAGAAAGAAAACAUCAGCAGCGUCCUUGAAGAGAUAAACAGAGAAAAAAGCAACAUAAGACAGAUGGUGCAUCAGGGUCAGACAGAGAAGGACAAGGUUCAGAAGGUGACAAAUAUGAUUGUUUUGAAACAAAAAGAACUCUAUCUCAAAGACGCUGACAUCAAGAAACAAACAGAAGAACUGCAGAAAAGCAGGAACAUCGUACAAGCAGAAAGAGAUGAACUGGAACUUCUGAGAAAAGAUCUCAACAAGAAAACAGAAGAGACUGAAGCUGCCAUGAAGACCAUCAGUGAAGAGCUAGAACAAGUCAAUCAGAUGAAGAGUAGUGCUAACAUGGACAGACAAAUGCUUGAGAAUGAAAAAGAAACAGUGGAAGGAGAAGAAAAUAAGAUGACUCGUUAUUGUGACCUGAUAAAAAAGGAGAAGAAACAUGUGGUGACAAUGACAUGUGACAAGGCAGAGCAAACUGACAUUUUGAAAGAAUGGGUGGUUGUUCUUCAGUCAGAUGUUGCGAUCCAGACUGAAGAUCAGUGGAAGCCAGAGCGACAUGAACAGGAUCUUGAAAGAAAGGUUAAAUACUUGAAAAGUGAGAGGAAAGGUCUGCUGAUGGAAGCAGAAGAUGAAGAGCUGGAAAAUGAACAGAAACAGAGGCUUGAGUCAGCUUCAGAGCAAGAUGGUUUUACAGAUAGGAAAAUAUCAAAAAGAGAUUGUUUGCGAAAGCUGUGGAAGGACACUAAAACAGAACGGAAGGAGAUUGAUCGGAUGAGGCGCGCAAGCCAUGAGAUGAGAAACAACCUCGAGAACAGACUCAAGGGGAUCAAACAGUUUACUAAGAAAACAUGGUUACAGAAAGAAAAGGAACCGUUGGACAGGAAGCUGAAACAAGGACUCAGUAAGGACACAACAUCGCAAUGUGACUGCAAGAGAGAUCAUACAACCCUUGAUGAAAAAUACACAGAGCUCCAGCAAAUUAAGUUUCAGAUGCUCAGUGAGAUUGAGAAACUCAGCGUUAAGGAAAAAGUGUCUCGGACAGUGACAACUAGCAACAAAGCUAAUCAAACAUCCCAGGUCAAUAUAACCACAGGGGAUACAACAGUGCAGGUGAAGACCAGGAUUCGUGGAGCCAGCCCUGACACAAAAGCAGACCGCAGACCAUGUGGUGAUGACAGCCAGCUAGCUGAUACAGCUACACAAUGA